UUGACAAAGAAAACAGAAUACCGCAGGUUUCGGGAUUUAGAGUAUAGCCGCCAUUACAGAAAGAAGAAAGCUGGAGAGUAGAAUAUAUAUACAUAUAUAGAAUCUAUCUAUCUAUCUAGACUUUUUUUUUGCAUACAAACCACAUUUUAUAUAUAUAUCUAUUUAAAAAUAGUUAUUUAUUUUGGGGGGGUGGUUGACGGUGCAUUUUUAUUUUAUUUUAUUUUAAUAAUACGGGACAUAGUUCAGCGAGAUGGAACAGGAUAUAGAGCAGCCUAUGGAGCAGACAGAAACCAGACCUGCUGCUUCAGAGGGAACCCCAUCUGAAAACAAAAUGAGAGGCAGCGGUUCGAAAAACAGAGGGCGAGGAGGAUGGAUGGGGCGAGGAGGACGGAUGGGGCGAGGUGGACGGAUGGGACGAGGUGGGAGAGGCAUGAUGAUGAAGGGACAGGGGCCUCCAGGACGAGAGAGAGCCAGAGGUAGAGGGGGCGCCAUGAACGGAUUCAGGCCCGGAAGGUACAGCAGACGAGGCAUGGGGAGAAUGCGACCGUUCCCUGACCCCCAUGGUCGAAUGGGGAGGAGGGGUUGUCCUAUGGGCCUGCCCCCACCACCUCCUCCACCCCCCCAUAUGAGGGGACCCUACCCACCCAUGCACAGACAUGGCCUCCCUCCUCUACCUCCCCCAGGACACAUGGGCUUCAGAGGGAGACCGCCACACCCCCGGGGCAGGGGGCUGUAUCCCAGACCACGAGGUCCCUUUCAUCCAAGGGGGGUAACAUUAUCACCCUUUUGAAGCCCACGGGAGACGGCAUGCAGACCCUUGAGGAGCACACAGCAAGCACCUAACUGAGGUGAGACUGUUUUUGUGUACCAUCAUUCUUGCACCGUGAGUUUUAAAGGGACGGUCAGCCUUUUUCUUAAACGUCACCGAAAAUAAGAAACGAAUAAUAAGAAAAGCGAUCGCUGCGUUAUUCGUUGUUCACUAGCAGUUUUGCCCCCUGCUAACAUUUGUGUUGUAAUAUGUAACUUCCACUCGCAAACUGAUUUAAUUAGGAUGAACAACUUAACACAAACGCACAUCACUAAUAAUAAACAAACUGCCUAUGAUUUCCUCAUGAAUUACAAUAAAAAAUACUGAAGCAAAUUAUUCGAAUUAUUGUAAUGUAAAAUGUAUAUUAUUUCCUUGGGGGUGCCAGUCUGUAUUGGUACAUUUAAAUGUCUAAGACGUGCUUGCAGAGUGUACACCUUCUACUAUUUUUAAUUCAUUAUUUCCAUGCAGUUCUCUUACAGCCAUUUUUUUCUGUUGGCACCUACCGAGUCACAGGACACCACAAACACAAUGGUAUAGCCUGCGGGACAGACAGGACUGUGGCAGCUCUGAGUUAUCUGUAGCGCAUGCCUAGCAGCGCUGUAAAGGAUCCUACUGUACACAAUAGAGUAUGUCAUUCCUAAUGAUCAUUUAUGACCGCUUGGACACUUAUAUACUGCAUUGCAAAUGAACAUUUAAAUACAUAAAUAAAAUGGUUAGCAAAUACAUUUUUGGACCGGUAACAAACAUUUGAUCCUACUACAGACCCUGCUUUUGCAAGUAAAAAAACACAUUUUUAGAAGUAAAGUCAUACCUAUUUAAAACAUGCCAGUGUGCAUUUAACAGCUUAUUUCACAUCUUGGAUUACUUAACCUAAAUUCACAGUAGUCCAAGAUUAGUGUUAGUCAGGGUCUAUUAAACCAGCGGUUUUAUUUGUAAAUAGAACUAGUGCACAGCCAGUUAUAAAAAGUGCAGCAUUAGAAAAGGGUGAGUUUGCCUCAACUGACAGGGUUGACCCUCCCAUUUAACUCCAGCUAUUAAUAUACCGAAGUUUUGUGACAGUUGUUUUUGAGAGUUUGAUAGGUGCAGACCAAGAGGACCUGAAUAAAUGAAGCAGGUGUUGUAAGAUCUGUAUUGCCAUUCAAUGGAAGGAAACAAAUUAGCAGUCAUGGCACUAACUACACAAUAGGCUAGAUUGGAGAUGAGAUGUUCAGAAAUACUUUAAUAGUUACUGAGGCCCAUGGGGGGGAGGGGAGAUGGCUAUGAUAUUCACCCUGCUACUGCACAGAGCAAUGGUAAACCAAGUUGUUGAAACAGAUGACAUCCUUUAAAACAGCCUAUCUGUACCAAUACAAGUGUUGUUUUUUUCAUUUACUCCACUUAAUGAUGCACAAAUAGCUCAUAUAUAAUCAAAUGUUAUCUAUUUUUUAAAACAUUUACAAAAUUGCUCAGUACUGACCUCUGUUGCCCCCUUGUUGCCAUUUCAAGCAACAACAGGUGCUUAUUUCUUCUGUGGAGCCACAUUACACAGUACAACACAGUGUAACACAAGCCAGAUGUAUUUUACUUCGAUACCUGCAGUAUGCUAAAACUUUAAAUAUUUUUAGAGCUGGGAAGGACACGUCAAGGCUACAUUUUAUUUCUUAACAUAGCCAGCUUAAGACAUUACAUCUUGUUUACAGCAGAUUUGUGUCAGAGCUGGUUUAUAUCAGCUGGUCGUGAGGCCUGCCUGGAGGUGAUCAGAAAUGUAACAAAGUUGGGUCUACAACUUGCCCGUGUUAGCAUCCAUAUUGUAUCCCCAUGAUAUAUGUUUCUUACGUGAAGACAAAGUUUUUUUAUUUAUGUAGAGCAGUCGAAAGUAAUCCUGCUUCAACACAAACUUUAUUUGUACAUUUUUAAGUCUGAACUUUAAUAAAAAUGUCAUU